GCGGUCGCAAGCUGGCACGGCCCGCAGUGCACAGUGCGGCCGGUUACAAGAUGGUGUCGCGGCUCCUGGUGCUGCUGGCUGCCUUGCACGUGAGCAGGGCGGCUGCAGCGUGCAACAAUGUGUCGGCCGUGAGCGUCACGUUGGACACGCUGUUCGCCGAAUAUGCGCAGUACAUGGCGCCUGCGACGCCUGUGGUCGUCCGGGCGGCGUUGGACGUCCGCCACGCCUCCGUGGACGAAGGGGCGGCUGUAGUGCGCCUGCUGGCAGACCUACGAUUGAGCUGGCUAGAUCCCCGGCUAGCAUGGAACGAGACCGAGUUGGAGUGCAAGUCCGUCUUGGUCCCGGCAGAGCGUCUAUGGCGUCCAGACGUGGAGCUGCUUAAUGGAGCGGCGGGCGAGGGCGCCGCUGACGGCUCGGUGCGCGCACGGCUGACUUUAGACUCUCAGGUGCUAUGGAUUCAACGUCUCAACGUGGCUGUGCCGCUGGCAAUUGAUUUGACAGAUUGGCCGAGCGACCGGCAAUCCGCUGUUUUCACUUUUGGCUCGAGGGAACAUACGGCGGAAGAAAUUGCUUUAGGCAUCGAUGAUUUUAGGUACGCAACAGUAUGGGAGUCUGGUACUUGGAUGAUCGAGUCCGUGGUCGGCGAAAAGGCCGCCCUGGGCUCGAAGCCCGUGAUCUCCUGGAACGUGGUUCUACGGAGGCGCGCGGCGGCCCACGCUCUGGCCAGUGGGGCCGUGCUGACGGCGGCUGCUUUGGUGCUACUUACGGCCGUGGUUCUACCGCCACAGCAGAGACAUUCGCUGUGUGCCUGCGCUGCUUUCACUGCUGCGCUUUGGUUGACCUCAGCGCUGCUACGUCUGCCAGGCUCAGCCACAUGUCCGCGCACGUUGUCGUGCAUGGCCGGCGUGCUAGGCGCGGCUGGCGCUUGCUGCGCUGUCGCCGCAAUGCUGGCGCGCCUGGCGCGGGUGCAGCGCCCGCCGCCACCGCAGCUGCGCGCGAUGCUGAGCAAAGCGCCCUCGUGGGCCGUCGCCACUUCACCGCAAGACAGCGACAGCAGUUCCGCGUCGUGGGCGGCAGCAGCGCAGCUCCUCGAUAACGUGCUGCGCGCUGCGCUCGCGCUCACGCUGCUAGUUCUUGUUUGCGUUGCGCUAUAGCACGGCCACAACGACACCAUGUAAUGUCAAUUGACGAUGCCCCUCCUUUUU